CAGAGAAUGCCGAGGGGCAGGCAUGGCUAUUUCCACGUGGUCAACAACGAGUACAUACGCUGGGCCGAGUACACCAUGGGCGGCAGCGCCAGCCCUACUAUCAAUAGCCAAGGCAACCGCUUUGUUGCACCCGAUGCCGAACGUUUAAAAAAGGUGACAAAGCGCGACGUGUCAGACAAUGUUGAUACGAGUGGUUGGAACUGGAGAACAAAAGGGGACGUGAUGGAAAACGGUGCAUAUUUUAAUGCGUCUGGGAAACAAGGUGAGUCUACAUACUCAAAGGCUUCCAGCGUCAUAGUCAUGCCGUUUUCCACUUCUCUCACCCAAAAUGCUGGUACUCCCCACUGCAAUCAGCGAAACUGCAACUAGCUACCUACCUACGGCUAGCUGCAACUAUGUAUUACGAGUCUUAGUUUAUACUCCUAUAUAAACUAUGUAUAUUAUACACCAAAUAUUC